AUGACGAACGAGACGAAGAAGAGAUUGGAUAGCUUGCAAGGAUGGGCGAAAGAUUUAAAGGACGCACCUCCGCUUUCGGAAACGCCUGAAUUCGAGUACGUACAAAAACUUCCCAAGAGUUUGACGCAACAACCGAGUUCGGUUUUAUUGGACGCCUCGCAACCACACGCGAUGUCAUCCCCAUCUAAGAAGAAGGAGAAGAACGCGACGACGACGAAAAAGUUCGGGGACGACUUUUCGCAGGAGCAAGAAGAAGAAGAAGAGUUGGACGGCGACUAUGUCAGUCCAGAACAGAGGGAAAAAGAAGAAGAAGAGCGCGAACGUAAAGAGGCGGCGAUGAAUCAUAACGGAGACGUUCGCAUGGAAUUGAAACCAAGAACGGGCACGGAAUGGCUGCAAGGACAGAAAAAACGCGUUCGAGUGGAGUUCGAGGAAGAGUCGUCCUCGUCUGAAGAAGAAACGGAGGCAGACGAGGAAAUUAUUCCCACGCAGCGACCUUCGCCGAAUGAUAGCGAAGACGACGACGACGCACAUCUAGAUGAUGCCAGAGGAAAUGACGUCGGGAUAAUGAAACGAACUUUGAAUGCAGCGGUAGGUAUGAUUGAAACGGUAGUAAACAUUGUUCGCUCGCCGUUCAAGUCGCCGAACAAACGCGCUCGAAUCGAGAACAGCGAUACGCCGCCGCCGUCGCCUGGGAUCUUUGGAUUUGGUGGGUCGCCAUUUGCCAAAGGCAUUGCAAUGUCGCCGAAAUCUUUAGCUCAAGUCAUCGAUGCCACGGGAGCUGCGGCUGGCGAGAACAAUGCCAACGUUGCAAAGAUGGAAUGGGGCGCCAGAGGCGGCGAAACGUGGCAACAAAAGGAAGAGGACGAAGGCGAAGCGAGAAGGAAAAGAGCCGCGAGGAAAAAGUUAGUAUUAGACGAUGACGAUGAGAACGACGAAGAAGAGGAACAUGAGACGGUGAAAAAGUCGCCAAAGAAGGCGACAGGAAAACCGGCGACAUCCGUGAUGUCCGAAAUCGCGAGUCAAGUCACCGAAGUCGCCUCCGAGGCGAAUUGGGAAAUAUUAGCAAAACUCAUGGCUGAACGCGAGAAACAGAAAAAAGCACCUCGUGAGCUCGGUUUGAACGUAGAUAGAACGCGCAGAAUGUCUAGGCGCAUGUAA